AAACAAUCAAGAUAAAAAAAUGCAGACACCAGGAAUAAGAAUAGAUGGAAAUGAUCCUGUGAACACAUUCCAGCCAGCUGAAUUGGACGCACUCAACCCAGAGACAUUUCAAGCGCCUGUUGGUGAAUACCCUAUCAUCAAGAUAGAGUACUGCGAUAGGUGUAGAUGGCAGCCUCGAGCACAGUGGUUGACGACUGAGUUAUUGUUGACGUUCCCACCACCAACAGUACAAUCCGUCAGUCUCGUCCCACGUAAUUUAGAAUCUACGGCUGGUAGAUUCAGAGUUUGGUUGUUUGAUAGCGACAACAACCCACCAAAGCUACUCUGGGAUAGGAAGAUCAAGGGUGGAUUCCCAGAAGCUAAGGAGCUGAAACAGAUCGUUAGGGACAGCAUAGCCCCUGGAAUGUCGCUUGGACACUCAGAUAAGAAGUGAAUAAUUGUAUAAUUGUAUUCAAAAGGAAUUUAUGACUAUUUUAUGACUAC